AUGGUAUUAAUUCAUGUUAAGUAUGGCGACGAUAGUCAAUUUUUGUAUGAGGCAUCGCUGGAAACUCCUGUUGACGAAUGCACAUUGAAUAUUACUUCAAUCUAUAACGGCCGUUUGAAAAUUUCCAGAAUCUGUAGUGAAAUGGAAGAACUUAAAAAACAUGGUACAUUGUUGCCUCCUGAGAUAAUCGGGUUGACUGAUGAACAAGUUGUUGAACUUAAAUUGAUUGAUAAGUGGGGUGAAACAUGUAUACCAAGUGGUGGUUACACAUUUCACAAAGACCCAAUUGGACGCCGGAAUGGAAAACAACCUAAUGAACGUAUGCAAAAUGUGUUGACUAAAACAAUUGAAGAGGCCAAGGCUUGCGUGUCCAAAAAAUUGGUUCAGUCUCAGAUUUCAUUAACUCAAAAGAAAGUUCAAGAAGCUCUUGAUAUACUUAGAGGUGCUAUUAUGAUUGUUUAUCCAAUGAAUUUACCACCACAUGAUAACAUAAGACUUGAGAUUGAAAACAAUGAAGAUCUUACCGGGACUCAUGCAUCAUUAGAGGUGAUCGCACCAAAUGUAGCUCAACUUUGGUUUUCUGGUCGUGAGUUAGUACGAGAACCAAAUAAAAAAAUGAAGGACUAUUUGGGACGCAAUGAAAAAACAAAAGUUGUGUUGAAGCUUACUAAGACAGGUUCCGGACCCCCAGCUCGUGAACCACCGUUAAGUGAACAAGACCGCAAAUUGUUAAUGGCUGAAGCUUUUAAAAAACAAGAAGAGUUAAAGGUAAGUUAG